CAACCCCUGUCACUGAAUACAUUACGUAUAUGAAGUUGUUUAUCAACAACAGCCCAGAUGCGUGUUGCCUUUCAAAGUACCCGGAGUAUAUAUAUUGAAAAACUGCUGAAUCCUGCUUUCCUAUACGAGUGAAUAAGCUGAACAGCCAGUGUGUAUAACAUGGACCAACGGUGCCAGCUGUCUUCUCGGGGUAUGAGGAAACCACCCAUUUCAACAUCAGCCUUGCUAUGUGUCCUGUGUGUUGGCUUAGCGCUGAACCUUUGUCCUAUCAUCGACUUGUUUACCACCCCAAACAGCCCUGACUUGUGUUUCAUUAAUUGGUAUAAGCUGCUGUACACUGGAUACUGUUUCCUGAACCUCAUUGUUGCUCUGUUGAGAAGCUCUGCCCGGAGGUCUGUGCUGAGAUAUGGCGGUAGGAGGGUGUUCCUGUGUGGCGUGUUCAUCGUCGUGUCAAGUUAUAUCUUUGUUACGGUUGUUUUGGACAGAUCAGCUGUAUGGACGUGGAACACUUUUGAAUCCAAUUUCAUCAAGAGACUGGAGAGCAACGUCGUGGGUAUAUUCGAAACUAGGCCUGACUUUGUUGUUCGUGAGCUCCGCACUCUAGAACCCAAGAAACUCGAGCGACAAGCCAGGUAUGAAGGUGAAGAUGUAAGACUCGUGUGUGAGGACAUCUUGAUUUUCCAUGGAAGAGUUACAUUUCACGAGAAACAGGUCAUCUGGAAGCAUAAUAAACAAAGAAUUGAAUCGUCAUCCCGAUACCACAUCACCUCGUCGUUUGACGAAAUACCGGAAAAUGACACUAUCAGAACAUUGUUGAGUCGAUUUGAUAUGGACCUUUAUUUAUAUCGUGUUGAAUCAAAGCUCGAAAUUUUUCUAAUUAAUAACGAUGAUUUUGGAAAAUUUUCCUGUCAUGUUGCUAAAAACGCUAUUGCUAUAAAAUCGCAGGACAGUAAAUCAGGAAAUGACUCAAAACAGACCCGAACGGCAACAAAAGAAAAAGUCAAAAAUAAAGUCAGAGAAUGUCCCAAUACACGCGAGGGACAUAACCGAUGUCCCUGUCUUUCUCAGGAUUGGGCUCACAAGAACUUCAGUGUUUUACCAUAUGAGUGGACUGCAGAGUUCAUCUUGGCGAAGAUCAAACCUACGAGAAGAACGGUGUCUGUUCCAAUAGGUGGUAUUGUUUCUACGAGUGCGUCUUAUGUGAAUCUGGAUGACACGCCCGGACUCAUUGAAUUUGAUCAUGAAAUCAACGGAAGGUCCUUCAUUAAAACAUGCGAGGGCCUUGAUCAGUCAUGCUCCAUAUUUGUGUUCCUGUACUGGUUCCUGUGGCAUGAUGGUGGCCAUUACUCAAACAUUCCUGCCUUCUAUCAACAAUUGCUGAUGGUGGAGGGCGUUGGCGGCACAAGCUGGCAAUGUGUUUGUCCUAACACAUACGGAGUCCACAAAUUCGUCUUCUAUCGCCAGUUCUACAAUACGACCCUUGGAACAUACCAAGUUAGUGAUGUGGAAUAUCCCGACACUGUAGAACUUGUUCCCGAGAAGCCCCAUCUCUUGGACUUGUAUUACAAUGGCUCAAAGAAACUUCUUCCGUUGCCAAAGUCGUCUUGCUGGGAGGAUGUUGAUAAACAAGAGUUUCUUGAAAUGUGGCUGGAGGAUCUAUCAUGUCACUUCUUUUACAAAGAAAAGCAGAUAUUCCUCUUGGGACUAUUCUUUUGUAUAGGACUGGCUUGGAUUUUGACCAGAACGAUAUUGACAUGGGUGACCAAUCCAAUCAUCAACGUGAUACUUGGGAGGAAACGAGUCAACAUCCAACCAAUCCAAGGAAGUGGUACACUGGCAGGACUUGCGCCAGCAGACAACACUGUUUUUAAAUACGACCUCUACAUUUCGUAUGCAGAUGAACAGAUGGCAAUGGCGACUGAAAUCGCCCAAGCUCUCACCUCGCGGGGUUUGAGAGUGUGUUUUCGUGACAAUGAUGUUCUCGGAAAUGAAAUUGUUAACCAGGCUGUUUCAAGGCUGAUUGGGGAGAGCUGGAAAUUUCUCGUCAUUGUCUCACAAGAAUACGUCGACAGUGGACUUCAGAAUAAUUUUGAAAUACACCUUAUCAUACAGAGAUUCCACGACGGUUAUAUCAGCAACAGAAAUGUAUCCCUCUUACCAUUGCAACCAAACUUGAUUUCCGAUGUCUUUGACAAUUUCGUUAUUCUCAACCAGUAUGAAAACAGUGAGGAUCGUGUAGAGGAAAUAAUGUUAUGGCACGGACCGUCACUAUUUCAAAACGAACCAUAUACCGCUGUCCCUAUUAAUAUAAGAGGCCAUGAUUGCGGUUUUACAUCAACCUCGGUCUACUGCGUCAGCAGUGUUUGCUUUUACUUGUUGUUUCGUAUACUUAUUACAUGUGGGGUCUGUUUGGUAGAAUACUUUCUUCUGAUGGUGUCAUUCCACAGCAGCAAUGCAAUAGUUUUCUGAAAAGUAUUUGGGACUUGUCAUAUAUGAAUUACUGCUUAGGUUUAGAAGUGGGGGAAACAAAGUCUUCUGGAGAUAUGGAUGCAUUCGUCAGCACUCGCAUGUUUCCGUAACCUAGAAGUAUGUGAUUUUGAAUGUUAUGAAUUAGCUCCUUUGCAAUGUACCUUUGUUUGUUUGUUUGUUGCUUAACGCCGCACUCAGCAAAAUUCUAGCUAUAUGACGGCAGUCUGUAAAUAAUCGUGUCCGGUACAGACAAUCCAGUGGUUGAAGUCAUGAACAUCGAGCCAAGCAAUUAUAGGAUACGAUGACAUGCAUCAACCAAGUCAGCGAGCCUGACCACCCGAUUCCGUGAGUCUCCUCUUACGGCAAGGAAAGUCGCCUCUUAUGGCAAACAUGGGUUUGCUGAAGACCUAUUCUCUACCCGGAUCUUCACGAACACGUGAAGUGAUUACAAUGACACGUGUUUCCACAAUGUGGCUCAUAUGGCACAAUAUAUUAAUAUGUAUUAUUUGCCUUUAUAAGACAGUAUGUAUCCUUGUAGAAGACGAAUUCCAUGUUCUUAUGAUUUGUGACCAAUAUUCUAGAGCAAGAAGAAACUCUUUUCCCAAGCGUCUCGUUACCCCUCCCUCUAUUGAGAAUUUAUAAGACUUAUGUCAGCUGAAAACGAAGAAAUUAUAAAAGGCUUAGGUAAGUUUCUCUCCCCAAGUCAUGAACAUCGAAAGGAAACAGUGUGGAACGGUAAAUCAUUAUUAAAUCUACCCAGUAUGCAAAUAUAUAUAUACAGUAUAUUUCCAUUGUAUUAUGGGCCGGUGGCCUGAAGUACCGAAUAAAUUUGUCUGUCUGUCUGUCUGUCUGUCUGUCUGUCUGUAUGCUUGGUUAAUAAACGUAUCAAGAUAGA